GUCCCAUUGAUUACUUAAAAACGGUCACACCCAUUUCUUAAAGCACACCAACUAUGUAUAUAGGCUGUAAACAACAGGCAUGCACAGUUUGGUAGGAGCAGCAGAGUGACACACUCCCUGCAUAUUUUAUCUUAAGACGGAUAUCACUUGUUUGUCUUGCAGAAGUGUAACAAGAAUCGGAGUUUCAAAGCCUGAUUCUUGGAAAACAUGGGGAACGAAGCAUCCAAGAACAAAGAGCUUACCAAGCAUGGGAGCAUUUCUAGUAAGCAUAACAAUGGAUCAUUGAAUGGCAUCUCUACAAACAUCAAAUCUAAUGGAGUGGCGACUGUUGAAAUAACUGAGCCGCACUACGUGAUAGUCGAAACCGACUCUAAAUCUGCUGAAGCUCCGAUUAUUUCUGAACUCCUGGAAACCAUCAUCCAAAAGGAAGAAGUCCAGGAAAUAAAUGAAAAUCCACCAGAUGAAAGUCUUCCUGACCCCGAUCCACAGACCGAGUCGGACACAAGAGAAGAGGAAGCCUUCUCCGUGAUCAUCGAUGUGCACCAAGACGACUUUGAAUAUCCACUUUGGAAAGCUGAAAUAUCAACACAAACGGACAGAAAAAUUGAAGCACAUAUUUCAACGCAAACUGGUGAGGAUAAUGUUGAUACAACCACCUAUACUGAUGGUCCAGUGGAAGUCAUAAUGGAGACGCAGGCAUCGCAAGAAGAUCCGCCAAAUGAGUCGGCAUUUGUCAUUGCGGGGGUUGUUGAAGAUACUUUGAAUGAGGAGCACUUAGACAACCAGACAGCUGGGAUUAUCAAAGAAGAACUUGUCAAGGAGAACAUAGUGUGUGAGUGUAUAGUAUGCAGAGCAGAUACAACCACCAACACUUAUGGCCAAAUAGAGGACAUAGUCAUAAUAGAGACAGCAGCAACUGAAGAAGAUCCAUCAUAUGAUCCUUCAUUAAUCAUUGCUGAGGAGGUUGUUGAAGAGACUUUUAAUGUAGAGCCAUCAGACAACCAAGAAUCUGGAUUCAUUAAAGAAGAACUUGUCAUGGAGAACAUUGUGUGUGAGAACAUAGUGUUCAGAGAAGAAUGGAUGGAAGUUAUCGACAUCAUAAACUUCAAUGAAUCUAAAGUCCCUUCUGUGACAGUACUGCUGGUAAAUAUGGAAUCUGCCCAUGAAGGGGUAACCGCAGAUACUGUAGCUGAGGAUGUACCUGAAAUAUGUAAACAAGAAGUUCUAGCUGUUGCAGUUGAGAAUGUACCAACAAGAUGUGAAAACGUGGAACCUGUCCAUGAAGAGGUCACCGCAGAUUAUGCUCCUGCAGUUGAAGAUGUACCAGAAAUAUGUGAACAAGAAGUACAUGCUGUAUUGGAACUUUCUGUCCCUCCUGUGACAGUUAUUAUAGUAAAUGUGGAAUCUCACCAUGAAGAAAUCAGCGCAAAUGGUGUCAUUGCAGUUGAGAAUGUACAAGAAAUAUGUGGACAAGUAGUACUUGAUGAUGAGUGGGAUAGAUGUCCUGAGGAAGAAGUUAUCAUUGUAGAAGCUCCGUCCAUUGAGCGUAUCACCUUUGAAGAACUUCCUGACGAAAAGUUGUGCUCUCAUGAUGAUGAAGACAUGCUUGGAUAUAUUCUUGAAGUUAUUGCUAGAGAUAUGAAUGCAGAGGUUGGUGAAGAUGUGAGCACUGAUCUGGGACCAGAGCAAGUUGAAGAAACAGAGCCAAGUCAUGUCCAAGAUGAUGAUAUGAUAAUGGCGGCAGCGAUUGAAACCCUUUCACUCGAAUUUGAAUGUUUUUCCAUCACCUCUCAGGAAUCUCUUGAUGAUUCUGCGGAUCAUGUCGAAGAAGAGAUGAUCACUGCAACUAGUUAUUUGCACUUAUCUGGAGAACAAGUAGCAGGCCUAGUGACUCCAGAGGAGCCAGUUACUGAGAUGACAAACAAAGAAGCAAUAGAGGCUUUAUCAAAUGAAAUGGAAGCAGUGCCAGAAAGUGUUGAAGAACAUACGACAGGAGGCCAAGUCACCGGGGAAGACAGUUCUGAGGAAACUAUGGAACAAAGUGAUGAUGUUUUGGCUCAAGCUGUAACACCCGAACAAAUCCCAGUAGAACAGGUAGAGGAAACCCCAAGCCCACUUGACGAGGAUGCAACCCAAGAGUUGUUGAGGAACACACCAGAAGCAGUUUUUGAAGAUAUUUCGGGGCUGCUUGAAGUUCCUGAAAACAUAGUUGAGGAACCUGCUGACGUGCCACCAAUGGAUGCCACAGAAGAGUCUGAGCCUUGCGUUUCAGACCAAGAGGAACUCGUAGAGGAGAACAUCGUCUUAGCCGAAAUGCUAAUAGAUUCAACUCAUGUUGUUUCUGAGAUGUCUUUGGAGGGGAAUGCAAGCCUUCCUGAGCAACAACGAAAGGGCAACGUGUUGGUAGUCCUACUCGAGACAAUCGAAGAUGAAGUUACAGAAGAGAUCAUGCAAGAAACAGAUCAUUCUGGUCCUAGUUUAUCUGCUGAAGAGGAGAACUAUGCUUUUCUUGAGACCAUUGUAGAGGAAAUCCUCACAGAAGACGAUGAUGAAGCUGAAUGUGACCUUGUGACUUCAGAGGAGGACUCUGAAGAGAAUGCUGAGAAUGAACCAAGUGGGACCUCCACAGAUUCAUCACUGGACUGAAGUGUCACAACCACAGACUUGGAAGCGUUAUUUGUCAGGUUGCAGUCAGCUUGUGUGGAAGUUGUUGAAGAAUCAGCAUGCUUGGUCGUUUCACGCUAUCUUUAGUGGGAUACGAAAUUACUGUUCAUAUUAAUGUGGCUCUUCUCCAAAGGAAGAAGAGCAGUAAAAUGUUGAAUGAAUAAAAAAUAUUGAUCUACCUCAUGUGUUUAACGUUUUGCACCAGGAGUUAUACAUAGAGGUAGCUGUUGUUGUAUCGGCUAGUAGCAAACUACGUACAUUUCAGAGUAAGUUGCCAUACUAAAAUACUUUGAUUUCUUAUUUAACAGUCGAUUUGGCUAGUUAUCUACUUAUCUAUUCAGUCAAAGUUAUCAUGAGUUUGUAUCCGUUUAUAAGUAUGUUGGGCAGCUUGUUUUUUUCAAAGAGGCUAGUUGUCCUUUUAGUUGAACAAAACAAAUAGAAAGCUCUAAAUUCAAAGUAAUGUCUCUUUACUUAAAGAACCUUUAACUUAGUUUUUCCCCAAUCGUAAUGAACAAAAACGUUACUAUGAACGUGUUUACUCAAGUUUAAAACACAGGACAGUGACCUCCAAUAUUUGGAAAGAGAAACUUGUGUGCAAUGACCAGUGAUUCUGAUUGGCCCUCCCUGGCAGUCCCUUUGCUGCACAACUGAAGAUAUGUAAUAGUAAUUGCAAUUUGAUUGUAAGUUGUAUGUUGUGUUUUAUAAUAAUGAAAAGCAGUGUUUUUUAUAUAUCAUCAACACAAGAUGAAAUUGUGAAGUUUUGAAAUGUUUUCCAAUAAAAUGAAAAAUGUAAA